AUGACGCACCAAUCUUCUAAUGAGGCGCUACAGAUGAGAGCAGCAGAGCCUCACCAGUGCAUACGCGAAGCUUCACAUGAAUGCAUGCCGAUGGAUAAAACCAACGACCCAGAUCCCCAGGGCCAGCCAAAUGACUUAUCGGAAGUUCAAAGCUCGCAGCACCGCCGACGAAGAGAACCUGAGAACGCUAUUCCUUACACUAUGCAGGAAUACUAUAGCGAUAACAGCGGUGAAACCAAGGAUACACCUACUCGGUUGCAACCAUCACUGCUGCCAGAUGCCCCCUUUGCCCCUCAAGAAGCUAUUUGGAUAGGAAAUCCUGUAAGUGGCGCCAGCAUCCAGCAACCAAUGAACACGGUGGGAGUCAUUUUUCGAAACCUCACCAUCGAAGGGCCCCGCUCUAAUGCCAGCUUCAUACGGACAUUACCCCAAGCGAUCAUUGGAAGUUUUGGUCCGGAUCUCUUUCGCUCCAUUACGGACUGGAUCCCAAAACUGCAAUUCGGUCGCCGUCAAGACUUACAAACUCUCAUCAAUGAUUUUACUGGUGUUGCGAAACCUGGAGAGAUGAUGCUUGUCCUUGGGCGGCCUGGUAGUGGCUCCAGUACCCUACUCCAGGUCCUUGCCAAUAAACCAGCUUCUUAUGUUUCUGUUCGGGGCCAAGUUUCGUAUGGGAGUAUGACGGCUGAGAAUAUGUCGACCGAGGCCCAUCGCGGUGAGGUUAUCUACAACGCUGAAUAUGACCAUCAUAUUCCAAACUUGACUGUAGCUCAAACUGUCAGGUUACCUUUCCUCACCAGCAUGAGCUCCAUGGGCGCCAAAGAUGUCGCCGAUUCUCUUCUACGCAUGUGUGCCAUCCAUCAUAGGAAGGACGUUGUUGUGGGCAACGAGUUCAUCCGUGGCGUGUCCGGGGGAGAACGGAAGCGCGUCAGCAUCGCAGAGACUCUUGCAGUCAAAAGUGCUGUAACCUGUUGGGAUAACUCGACCCGUGGUCUUGAUGCAUCCACCGCCCUGGCUUACGCGCACUCACUACGCGCCAUUACCAACAGUUCCGGACGUACCACCAUCGCAACCUUAUAUCAAGCCAGUGAGAGCAUCUAUGCCCUCAUGGAUAAGGUUCUUGUCGUUGACGAAGGUCGUAUGCUGUAUCAAGGAGCCGCAAGCGAGGCACGGCAAUAUUUCGAGAACCUUGGAUUCUACGCUUCGUCUCAGCAGACAACGAGUGAAUUCCUGACAAGUCUAUGUGAUGUUGCGGCCCGGAGGUUCCGUGAAGGAUAUGAGCACCGUUGCCCAAAGACUGCCACUGAACUCGAGCGGGCGUUCCGUGCCAGUCAUGCUUACGAGAAGUUGAUGCAAGGUGUGGCAGACUACGAGCUCUCACUCGCAACAAACGGCCGAACUGAUGGCUCAGAACCAAUGCCCUCCAAGCCUGGGAGUUUCUAUCAACAAGUACUAGCAUGUGCCCGUCGAGAGCUCUGGCUUGUGGCGGCCGACAAGACUGAGUUGUACACUAAAUAUUUCACAAUCAUCAGUAACGGGCUCAUUGUAAGCUCAAUGCUCUACCGGUCCCCAGCUUCUACGGAUGGUGUUUUCCUCCGUAGUGGUGUCGCCUUUUUCUCAAUUGUAUUCCUUGGUUGGCUGCAACUGACGGAACUCAUAAAAGCCGUCUCGGGUCGUGUCGUAAUUGCUCGGCAUCAUGAAUAUGGUUUCUACCGACCAAGCGCCGUCAGCUUUGCACGCGCACUAGUGGAUAUUCCUCUUCUACUACCUCAGGUUGUACUUUUCGGCGUGAUUGUUUAUUUCAUGACCGGACUUGACCUCGUACCUGCCAAAUUCUUUACCUACCUACUGCUAAGUUAUACGACAACGAUCUGCUUCACCACAAUGUACCGAAUGAUGGCAGCGAUAUCUCAUACUAUGGACGACGCAGUUCGAUUCUGUGGAAGUUUGCUAAACAUUCUCCUGAUCUAUGCUGGCUACGUGAUCGAGAGACCUAUUCUUUUGAAACAGAAGAUAUGGUUCGGCUGGAUAGCCUACGUAAAUCCGCUUAGCUAUGCCUUUGAGGCUGUUCUGAGUAAUGAAUUCGCCGGACGAACGAUGCGAUGUGCAUUUUCCCAGAUAGUUCCUCAAGGCCCGGACAUCCAGCCACAAAACCAGGCAUGUACAAUCGCGGGUGCUCAUCCCGGAAGCAGUGUCGUCUUAGGAGAUGAAUAUCUCAGUCUCAAGUAUGAUUACAGUCGAGAGCACUUGUGGCGAAAUUUCGGGAUCGUCGUUGCAUUUAUUGCCUUUUAUCUCAUCAUUACCGUCGCAGCAACUGAAUUAUUUACCUUUGCUCGGGCAGGGAGCGGUGGUGGUCUUAGGUUUAAACCUACUAAAAGAUCAAAGCAGGUCAAGUUCUCAAAAACUGCUGACGAGGAAAAGGGGAGCAGUCCAGGGGCAUUAUCAAUGGAAGAGCCAAUCGAUGCUUGUUUACCAGGUGCCUCAGUCGAGGACCUACCAAGAAGCGAAAACGCAAUAACAUGGGAGAACAUCAAUUAUAGUGUCUCCACGCCACAAGGCUCGAGGCUCAUAUUGAAUAACGUCAGUGGUUAUGCCAAGCCUGGGGUUCUGGUCGCCCUGAUGGGCGCAAGCGGGGCUGGCAAGACCACCCUUCUGAACACACUAUCGCGACGUCACCUGCAUGGUGUAUUCAGUGGAGAGAUACUGGUUGGCGGUCAGCCACUGGAAGCUAACUUUCAACGCUCCACGGGAUAUGUUGAGCAAAUGGACUUGCACGACGAGACAGCCACGGUCAGGGAGGCUUUCGAAUUCUCUGCAUUAUUGCGCCAGAGUCAUCACAUUCCACGUCAAGAGAAAUUGGAAUACGUCGAUAAGGUGCUUGAAUUGCUCAUGCUCCUGGAUUUACAAGAUGCUGUGAUUAGUUCUCUAGGCAUUGAACAGAAAAAACGUGUCACGAUCGGGGUCGAGCUUUCUGCCAAGCCGUCACUCGUUUUCCUCGACGAACCAACGAGCGGCCUGGAUUCUCAGUCGGCUUUCUCCAUUGUGAGGCUGCUCAGGAGACUGUGUGACGCCGGCCAGGCUGUCGUGUGCACAAUACACCAGCCAUCCGCCCACCUCAUCCGCAACUUUGAUGAGAUACUGGCGUUGAGUCCGAAUGGUAGCGUCUUCUAUUCUGGGCCUAUCGGUUCCGACUGUAGCACAAUCAUCAAAUACUUUGCCGACAGGGGCGCAUACUGCCCAUCUGACAGGAACGUGGCCGAGUUCCUGCUGGAGACAGCAGAAGUGGGACAUCCCGACUGGAUUCAAGAGUGGCGCGAAUCUGCUGAAAGCAAGGCUAUCGAUGAUGAGAUCCAGCGCAUCAAGACAGCCGGCAGAAAUGACCCUCGAGACGGCACGCAACCCAAGCAAGUAACCCCGGCUGCUUUCGCUGCCACUAUUUCAACGCAGACCUACUACCUUACCAAACGAAUGUUCGUCCACCAAUGGCGCGAGCCCUCAUACAUAUAUGGCCGGCUAUUCACAUCCUUCGUUAUGGGUAUUUUCAAUGGUUUCACUUUCUGGAAGCUAGGAGACAGUAUCGCUGACAUGCAGAACCGCAUGUUCUCGUCGUUUCUCAUUACACUCAUUCCAGCGGCUGUUUUGAAUGCGGUACUUCCCAAAUUCUUCUUCGAUCGCGCACUAUGGGAGGCGCGUGAGCACCCAUCUCGAACGUACGGCUGGAUUGCGCUCUGCACAUCUGAGGUCAUUUCUGAGGUCCCUGGGUCGCUGAUCGCCGGCGCAGUUUACUGGCUGCUUUGGUACUUGCCCACUGGUAUGCCUUACGAUGCACCCACUGCAGGCUAUGUCUUUCUCAUGACACUUCUGUUCUUCCUAUUUCAGUCCAGCUGGGGUCAGUGGAUUUGUGCCUGGGCUCCGAAUUUUACUGUCAUUAGCAACGUGCUUCCCUUCUUUCUCACUGUCGUGUCUCUUUUUAACGGCGUUGUGGUGCCGUACGAUCAGCUUGAUGUGUUUUGGAAAUACUGGCUAUAUUGGCUCAACCCAAGUACCUACUGGAUUAGUGGUGUCCUAGCGUCAACUCUAAGCUCUCAAUCGGUUCAUUGUACUGAAACAGAAGCGGCAUUCUUUAACCCACCCGCCGGACAGACUUGCCUGGAGUUUGCUGGUCCAUUUGUUCAGGAGGCUGGCCGAGGCUACCUGACGGAUUUGGAUGCAACUUCAAACUGUGGCUACUGCCCUUAUGCGUCUGGUACCGAGUAUUUGGCCACGUUGAGUAUUCGGGCUGAUCAGAAAUGGCGCGAUUGCGGAGUUUUCCUGAUAUUUUGCUUCUCAAACUGGGCGUAA